AUAAAUACAAGAAUAAAUUUAUUCUAUUAAUUCAUUUAUUUCAGUCACAUCGAAUAACAAGACGAUCAAUAUCUUCUGACGAUUAGUAUUGCAACUCACGCUUGGUUAAUGUCCUUUUAAGCGAUCAGAAUUACAAAUCAAUCAGAAUGUGAAUAUUGUUUCCGAUAAAGUUGGUGGUUUUAAUAAAAUGUCUUUGAUAAAAAAUAAUCAUUAUAGAGAGUAUCGGUUAUAAAAUAUGUCUUACUCACGUGAGUAACUUUAAGUUUUAACUCGAUGGCGUCAUUUGGAUGACUGUGAACGAGCGAAGGGUAAAAUAGUGGGGAGGAACGAGUGGUGCUCGAUUAAUAAAAAGAUGUGCAACGCCGGUGUCGCGCGCAGUACGCUUUAAAGAGUUCUUCUAUAUGUUUCGUACUAUCUUUAUCAUUUUUUCGCGUAAAAUAUAUUAAAUAAAGUGAUUGGACAAAAAACAAUCAAAAAGAAAGAACAUUUGUAGGCUUGUGCACACGUGUGUCGUAUUUUUUUCUUUUGGUUAAUAUGACAGAAUCUCGAAAAGAAGUUCGAGUUUGGUGCGAUGGGUGUUAUGAUAUGGUACAUUUUGGACACGCUAAUUCAUUGAGGCAGGCUAAAGCAUUAGGAAAUUAUUUAGUGGUUGGUGUUCAUACAGAUGAAGAAAUUACUAAGCAUAAAGGUCCUCCAGUUUUUACACAAGAAGAAAGAUAUAAAAUGGUUCGUGGUAUAAAAUGGGUAGAUGAAGUUGUUGAAGGUGCUCCUUAUGUUACUACAUUAGAAACGUUAGAUAAAUACAAUUGUGAUUUCUGUGUACAUGGUGAUGACAUAACAAUGACUGCAGAUGGAAUAGAUACUUAUCACUUAGUUAAAGCAGCUGGUCGUUAUAGGGAAGUUCAAAGAACAGCAGGUGUUUCAACUACUGAUCUUGUAGGUCGUAUGCUCUUAAUGACACGUCAACAUUUUAAACAAGGAGAUAGCGAAUAUACAGUUGACAGAGAACCUAGCAAAAGUAUGGGCCAAGACCGUACAGCAAAAAGUCCAUGGACUGGUUGUUCUCAAUUUCUUCCCACUACUCAAAAAAUUAUACAAUUUAGCGAUGGCAAAAGUCCCCAGCCUGAUGAUAAAAUUGUUUAUGUUGCUGGAGCAUUUGAUUUAUUUCAUGUUGGACACUUAGAUUUCUUAGAAGUUGCAAAGAAAGAAGGUGACUAUCUAAUUGUUGGUCUUCAUACAGAUCCUGCUGUUAACCGUUACAAAUGUGGUAAUCAUCCAAUUAUGAAUCUACAUGAACGUGUUCUCAGUGUACUAGCAUGUAAGUAUGUGAAUGAAGUUGUAAUUGGUGCUCCAUAUGAGGUUACCAAAGAUCUUAUGGAACACUUUAAUGUUUCUAUUGUGUGUCAUGGACAGACAUCAAUAAUGUCAUGUGAAGAUGGCUCGGAUCCUUAUGAAGAACCAAAAAGACAAAAUAAAUUUAAGUUAUUGGAUAGUGGCAAUGAUAUGACCACCGAAAAGAUUGUAGAAAGAAUAAUUCUACAUAGGUUGGAAUUUGAAGAUAGAAACUUAAAAAAGGAAAAGAAAGAGCUUGCAGCUUAUGAAGCUUUUAUGAAGUCUCAAAAAAAUGGAAGGACUGCAUAAUAAAUUUUUGCAUAAUUACUAUAUGUGAUAUAACCAAUUUUAUAGAAUUAAUUUGUAUAUACAUAUAAUUCUCGGAUUAUAUUAAUUUAUUCAAUCUAAUUAGGUCAUUGAGUAUGAAACGUCCGAUUGUUCCUACUACUUUCAGUUCGAAAUUAGACAUUUCAUGCUUAAUGAUCUAAUAGAAGAUAUAGAACAUAGCAGUGUAAUUUGAUCAUUUUUAAAGACAUACUGCGAAAAGAACUAGAAUUACAUUUUCUCUUAAACAAAACGAAAAUUCGUCAAAAUCGACGAAAGUUACGAUAUGAUAUUAAUUUUACGUUAAUUUAUCACAUGAUUUAAAGAAAAGUAUAUAGAAAAUUUAAUGUCAUGUACAGUUGCCAUAUGUAAGUAGAGUCUUACAAUUAAGUGUAAAAUACUUUAUCAUUAAUAUUAUGUAUAAUUUUACUAUUAAUGGCACAAUGAUUUUAGUAUAAAUACAUGUAGUAAGAUACAUGCAAAUUCAUUUGUGAUUACUAAAAUUCUAGUUCAUAUUUUGUUAGUGCAAAACGAGUAUGCAGUUAAGAGAAUGUCCCAAAUUUUUCAUUCUAUUCAAUACAUGUUGAAAUAAGAAAUUAUGAGUUGAUAUUUAUAAAAGGAACUAUAAAUAUAUAAUGUAUAUAAAUUCGUCUGAUUUACAAUCCGCGUGAAAUAACUAUUCAUUUUAGUUGUGGAUGUAUUUUUUACUUUUACUUUCUUGCAGUCUAAUUAAAUUAGAAGGUUAUCAAGUUAAGCUUCACAGGCCUAUACAAAGAUAGAACAAUGAUAUUAAGCCAAAGGAUGUGAAAUAAGUGUGUGACAAUUGUUAAUAUUAUAAAUCAUAAUGAUGCAAAUUUAUAGAAUCGCUAAAUGUGUCUCUAUACAUCGAUAAAGCAAAGAGAAAAAAAUAUUGUAUCUUUAGGGAGAGUGCAAUACGCUUAUAAUUUCUCUAUUUCGUAUACAUAUAAUAAUAUGAGCACAUUUUCAAUUUAAUUUUUUACACUAUUUUAUUUAAUAUUUAUAACUAUAUUUAUAUUUUUCAUUAUAUAUAUUUAUGUAUAUAAUGAAAUAGGUUGAUUAGUAUUAAUCAUUGGAUUAAUUAUCAAUUAAAAUUUUUAUUAUAAUAGAAAAGGCUUCACAUGAUGUAUAAGGGCAUGUAGUUGUGUAUGUAAAAAAGAAAAAGAAAAGAUAGUAUGCAUCACGAGUACUUCCUGUGAUAAUUAUAUUUAUUACGGAAACAGGAAAACAUCUAAUAAUGUAUUUAAAAA